AUGGCGCGUAUCUCAGUCCCCACCACCGCCCGCCUCCCUUCAACCUUGCGCCUCGAGCCCUCCAGCUCUACAGUCUUGAAGCAGCUCAGCCGUCUGAACCGGGCGUCCCUGCUCACGCUCGUACUUGACUGGCUCGACGACAACAAUGCCUCCCUCUGUGGCCCCUAUCUGCGGGACCAACAAGACGACGAUGACGAUGACGACCCCGCCGACCUCUAUCCGCCGCUGUCCUCCGUGGAGGAGCUCCGGGACCUUUACUCCGACAUGCAGAGCCGCAAAGGCUCGAAGCGCGAAGUUGUCGACCGCAUAGUGGAAGGUGACUGGCGCCAUGGCCUGACACUUUACCAGCUCUCUAUGGCGGAUCUGCAACACCUCUAUCAGAAUCCUACCUCCCAGAGAUGGAGCGCAUACCAGAUUGUCCCCUUGAAAACACCCACGCCGCAGCAGGCUGCAGAAGACGAUGCGCCUCCCAAGAUCGACACUGCGUCCCUGAAUGUGCCACGCUUCCAUCCGUCUACAUUCCUGCACAGCCUCCAGGCCCAGGUGCUGCCUGACGUGAAGUCGCACUACAGUUUUGACCGGCCCAAGGACAUGGCCUUGCUGCUGCUGCGCAUCUUCAUACUCGACUCCCCUUACAAUACCAAGCUAGCGACAUCAGCAGCCGCUGGUGACGCAAGCCGGACAAUAUACGUGGCAUUUCCUGACGGGAGCCCACACAUAUACAUUAGCAAGCCGCAGAGCAUCGGCCCAGCUGCCAGCAGUGAGACCAAGAGCCUUCACGCACUCGUCAUCGAGGGAAUACCCAAGGCUUUAUCGCGACCGAGGCGCAGAUACACGCUAAAGACCACUUCCUUGAACACGAGGAAUAUCCAGGAGUUGCUGGACAGACGAGGCCCAGGCAGGACGAACUCGGCCGGCGGUGGGUGGAGUAUAUACACAGAUGAGAAGAAGAAAGAGUCACCCUUAGGGACGCUGCUCCCCUCACCACCACUUAGCGACGCGGAUGACCAUAAAUCUACGAAGAGGCCGGGCCCAGAGGAGGCAGUGAGGGGACGAGCUGUGUCGCCCGACACGGCGCGAUAUGCGCGCAGGGUCAAGCGCGCGAGGGUGAUCGCACAGGCAAGGUUUGGCGAUUCAGCAAGAAUCGACGACGGCAAGGGCGUAGAAAGAGUUGACGUUGUGAUCGAAGACCCGUUCGAUAUGGAAAUGGACCCUGUGCACGAUGACAGCGAAGGUCGUGGAAGAGAGCCAGAUGCUUCGAGAAGGCGUCCCAAGGAUGCGUCUGUCCGCAGGAGUACAAUCGACAUGGCGUUUGACCGCGUCCGCGAGGAGGAUGACGAGGGCGGAGGCGGUGGUGACCUCGACGGCGACGAGACAACAUGGCGUCCGAGUAUCAAAUUGACCUUCCAUGGGCCACACGUAUUUGCUGGUGUGCGACAGCUCGUUGAGGCUGGCAUUAUUGAUGGGGAAAAGAUGCCGGGUUGGUUAACAGGCGAGGAGGGUGUGACCGUUGGAGCUGUACGGCAUGGCAGAAUCAGGGGUCACAAAGGCUCUGGUAUGUGA